UACAGACACUCUCUCUCUCUUUCUCUCUCUCUCUCUCUCUCAAUCAGCACACCCGGGAAUAGCAAUUAUUUUAAUAACAUAUAUAACUAGUAUAUAAAUACUGUAUUUUUUGGUAUUAUUAUUAUUUUUCUUAAUAUAAAGUCGACAUGAGCCCGGACUGCGGCGUUGCGUUUUUGCGCUCGCUUUUCCUUCUCUUGGUGUGCGGCGGCGGUGUGGAUGAAAUCCAAGCAGACGGUCCCCACUGGUCUUACACAGAGUCCCAUGGUCAGUCUCAAUGGCCCGAGUUGUUCCCCCACUGUGGGGGUCUCUCUCAGUCCCCAGUGAAUAUCGAUACUGACUGUGUCAAGCUGGACCCCUCUCUGCGCCCCGUCGAACCCCAGGGGUACAGCACCCUGAGCAGCGACUUCUUCACUCUGGAAAACAACGGCCAUUCGGUUCAGAUGUCUCUGCCGAGCUCCAUGUCUCUGUCUCAGAGGUUCACUGCUGUCCAGCUGCACCUGCACUGGGGGAGCAGGGGUAACGGGGCGGGGUCAGAGCACCUCAUCAACUGGCAGGCCAGCCUGGCGGAGGUGGGUACCCCCAAACUGACAACCCCCCCGCCGUGGGGUAACCCUGCAAUGAUUCAGUCCUGCUUCACAGUCAUUGCUGAGAUUUCAGCCUGAUCUCCCCUCUCCCUUUCCC